AUGGCAGAGAUGGAGCAAACGAGCAAGGAGGCCUGCGCUGUGCUCCAAAAGGAGGAAGUUGGUGGAGACUGCCCAGCUCGGCAGGCCAGCGAGAGUGUCACGCGGAGGGCGACGAGCAACGUCAGGAAGGUGGCGGAGAAAAGCUGGAAGGGUGUUCGCUACUUUGUGCGCGAGGUGCUUCUCAAAGAAAUCUUCCUGCGCCAGCUCCCGAUGGCUUACUUGGUCACCUUGCCGGUCUUUCUCGCAAUGCUUCUCAUGACCCUGGUCAUCAAGCCCAGCCACGUGGAGGUCCCAGAGCUGACGCCGGGCGAGGCCUUCAGCGGGGUGGUGAACGCAUCCAUCUACACCAGCUGGAUCCCCUUCGGUAGCCAUGACCUCCAUGCUGACGCAUAUGGCCAGUUCGAGUGGUAUGCCAUCUUGGAGGUCCUUGGGAAGGCGGUGGUUGCAGGCUGUCCGACCUGGCUGCUUUGCAGGCUGAUCUUGGGAAGAGAGAAAUUUUGGCAACAGCGCUGGCGUUGGCAGGCUUUGGGCUUUGCCUUCUACGUUGCAGUGAUGUUUGGCAUCAACGCUUGCGGCGCCGUGUUUGGCCACGAAUCCAUCGAGACUGGAUGCGUACCAGCACCUUACCCUGCGUUGAACAUGAUUGCAGUCCUCCCUUGCUUCUUUGCCUUCGGGCGGAAGAUGCGACGCUUGAUGGGAACGCAUCAGUACUCAGCGCUCUUGCUCGCUGGCGCAAUACAGGCCGCCGUUUUCUCGGUUGAGUAUGUUGUCUUCGUAACCAACGCCUCCAUGUGGCCAGAUGUUGAUGCAGCGAUCUUCACCUACAAGUACACCCUCUCUCCUUUGAUUUGGACCUGUCUCAUUCUGCCAGUGGUGAGGCACACUCUGCGAUCCCUGGAGGUACCUAUGGACGUCAAAGUUGGGAUCACCAUCAUCUUCUGCGUCUUCCCUUAUGCCUCUGGCCGCCUCCUCCUCUUUACAUUCAAGGCACGGGGGGCCUUUGCCGUCGCUGCUGCUCUCGAUCAGCUGCUCUCUGUUGCCGUGCACAUUCUCGUUCCCAGAUCGACCAGGCAUUCUGGUGGGCCUUCCGCUGUUGUCACAAGUUUCCCCUCUCGGAAAAGCUCGAAGGCGAAGUGA